AUGGCAUCGUCGCGAACGCCCCUCCUCGCAAACGACCACCCGGACUCCGACGAUGAAGAAACAACUCUCCUCGGUGGCUUCGUAUCCACAUCUCCCACCCGCCCCUUCUCCACAGCCUUCAAUCCUACCCUCACCACCCGAAGCCUCGCGCUCCUGCUUGCCAUCCCGGCAUUCAUCAUCUUCGCGGUGCAUGGUCCGCACUACGCCGCCCCAAUCGUAUUUCUGUCCUUCGCUAUCGCGCGACAAGUUGCGGUGCUGGGCUCAUAUUUCGGGAGCGGGAUUGUCGUUGUACGUUUUGAGGUUGUCCAUCCCAGCGUGUCAGAAUGGGCUGAGGAAAUAAAGAAGGGUGUAGCGGGCAUCAUUGACGGUGUUAUCUUGCUGGGCCUGCUCAUUUCAUUGAGUGUGACGGCGCAUUGGGUAGAUACUGAGUAUCUGCCUGCGACGGUUAUGCAUGCUGGUUGGAUUGCGGAUUCCACAUGCUUACUAUGGAUGGAUAGUGGAUUCCUCCUUUUAUCCGUUCCUGAUUUUGGAAACCCGAGCUUGCUUGCGCUGGCUAUUGCGGUUGAGAAGCCUCAGGGAGGGGUGGUGAGAUUAGCUACGAAUCUUGUGUUUGGGGCGCCCGUGGAAGAGGAUCAUGAUGAUGAUGGAGAGGAUAUACACCAUCGCCGCAACCGCAGGAGUCAUCCGCGAAGACCUGCAUCUCCUCCAGAGGAUAACGCCUAA